AUGAAUAAAUACAUGGUAAACAUUUCAAAAAUUGGUUGUAGAUCAUCAAACCAAUUAUUUAAAUAUCCUAAUUUACAAAAUAAUUUAGGAAGUUGUACAUAUCUAAAAACAUCAAAUAUACAAUUGUCAUCUUUGGACUCUAAUGAGAAAUCGACAGGUGCAAAGAAAUCACUCUAUGAAUACAAAUCGGCUGCCAAAGAGGUUCUAGGAACAGAAACUCCAUCCACCUACUUUGUCUUUGGUGAUACAAAGAUCAAAGAGAUAUUGGAAAAGAAGGAAAAGAGAGAACUUUUGACAAUCAAUUCAGAUCAACUGAUUAUAGAGGCAUUGAGAAAGAUGACUCAGAACAAAGUGGGUGCUAUAAUGGUGUUGGAUUCAAAUGGUCAGCUGGAGGGGAUCUUCACAGAGCGUGACUACGUUGGAAAGGUGGCAUUGCAAGGAUUGAGCAGCCGUCAGAGCUUAGUCAAAGAAGUUAUGACUCGUGGUGUAAAGACAAUCUCUGCGGAUUCCUGUGUAGUUGAUACCAUGCACAUUAUGACCAACCAGAGAUUCCGUCACUUGCCCGUCGUUGAUAAAGAAUCCAACAAAGUUUUAGGAAUGGUUUCCAUUCAAGAUCUUAUUCGAUCUGUUCACGACAACCAAAAAGAAACCAUCAAAUACCUAAGAGAGUUCCUAAGUGAUGCUAAUUCAUAUUCCUACAACAAAAAUCCAAAGAAAUAA